GCGGAUGUCGUCGAGAACGCGUUUUUAAACACUAUCGCGUUUUUUUCCCGGCCUAUAAAAAUAUAAUAUAACAAUACCGGCUAUAAUAUUUAUCUUGGACGAUCGGACUGGCAAAAAAAAAAAAAAAUUCUACAAUAACAAUAUCAUCCGACAUUCGACCAAUUAUCAUUGCUAUUAUAAUAUGUUAUAUAGUUGGGCCUCUAUUAUAUAGCAGUAGGUGCCUACCGAUUCGAUUUCGGUCGGUAAUUUGCAUUUUUUUUUUCCCCCGAGUCCUUGACACUUGAUCGUUUCCGUCCACAAUUUCAUACACACAGACAGACAUCAUAUAGGUGUAUUAUUUUAUAUUAGAAAAUAUUAUAUUGUCGGCCGACAGUGUGUGGUGUGUGUGUGCUCUGACCGGCCGUUUGCCCGUAAAAUGCGUUUGUCCGUUAACGUGCCGCCUCCGAAAUGACUCCGUACUCGCCCAUCAACACCAUCCUGAACCAAGUGCAGCUCAAUCACAUCUACGUGGAAGGCAGCAUACUGAUCGUGUUGCUGUGGAUAUUGAUCAAGAAGGCGGCAAGUUCCGGCAAAUCGAAAACGGCUAAACCGGCCGAAACGGACAUAGAAAAACAGAUAAGCGCGUGGAAUCCAUUACCGUUGGUGAGCAAGUGUCAGCCAGCCUCGUUGUCUUUGACUAGCCAUGUUAUACAAAGCAAAGCGGAAAAUUAUAUUCUUAUUAACGGCCGGUCGUGUAUAAAUUUCGCCACGCACAACUAUUUCAGUUUCACCGACGACAAAAGCGUUGAAAACGCCGUCAUAGAAGCGGUAAACAAAUACGGUGUGGGCACUUGCGGGCCUAGAGCGUUUUACGGCACAAUUGACAUCCACCUCGAGUUGGAAGAAAGAAUCGCCAAGUUCAUGGACAUGGAAGAGGCGGUGAUCUACUCUUACGGGUUCUCGACGGUGACCAGCGCCAUACAGGCGUACAUCAAGUCCAGGGACAUUGUAUACGUCGACGAACAAGUGAAUUUCGCCGUGCAAAAAGGUCUGCAGGCGACCAAAGCCACGGUGGUUUAUUUCAAACACAACAGCGCCGACGAUUUGGAGCGGCUGAUAGUGGAAAACAAAAAUUCGAGCAGAAAAAACAGGUCUCGCAGAGCGUUCCUAAUCGUCGAAGGGCUGUACAUCAACACCGGCAACAUAUGCGACUUGCCCAGCCUGAUCGACCUCCGGAUAAAGCACAAAAUACGGAUAUUCAUCGACGAGACAAUGUCUAUAGGAAUACUUGGCGCCAGAGGUCGUGGUGUCACCGAACACUUUAACAUACCGAAAGACGAAGUAGACCUAAUCAUCGGCAGCUUGGAAACGACCUUGUCGGCUGGCGGUGGCUUUUGCGUGGGCUCUUCAUUCGUGGUGGAGCAUCAGAGACUCUCCGGUCUAGGGUAUUGCUUCUCGGCCUCUUUGCCGCCAUUGAUGGCAGCCGCCGCCAUCCAUGCACUGGACCUGAUAGACAAACGUCCGGAAAUGCUUAUAGCGCUCCGCGAACGCAGUGUCAAAAUUCAUCGGGUACUCGUCAACAGUCCACUACUGAUGGAUUACUUCACCUUAAAGUCAGACGCCACAAGCCCCGUCAAGCACUUAUACCUUAAGGACGAGUCGCUGUUACACGUCGAACAACAAGAGUGUUUGCGGAACAUCGUCGACCUCUGCAUUGCGGAAGGAGUGGCGUUAACGGUGGCCGCGUACCUGGACCACAAGGAGCACAAAAUGCCCAAACCCAGCAUCAGGCUGCUGGCCAACAUAAACGUCACCGAUGAAAACGUCGACUUCCUAAAAACCGUACUGUUAAGAGCCGCCACCACAUGUAUUAGCUGAAAUCGUAUAGCGUAUUUACAAUAUAAUUAUUAACAUUUUUGUUUCCCGUAGAUAUUAGUCGAAUUAUAAUUCUCUUUGUACAAGAGCAACGUAGAUUAGGUAACAUAAUAUUGUAUUUUAAUAUUAUAACGUCACUGCAAAGUAAAAAUUGACAGUAAAAAAAACACUUUUUUAAAUAUAUAUCAAUGCAUUUUCUAAA